AUGGAGGACAUCGAUGCUCAGGAAGGGGAGACGCCACGCUUUGCUGUGGUUGUGGAGGGGAAACCGCUGCCGGACAUCCUGUGGUACAAGGACGGGGAGCUGCUGGAGGAGAGCAGCCACCUGAGCUUCGUGUACGAGGACAACGAGUGCUCGCUGGUGGUACUGGGUGCCACCGAGUCUGACAGUGGCGUCUACACCUGCACGGCCAAGAACCUGGCCGGGGAGGUCUCCUGCAAGGCGGAGCUGGUGGUGCAGGCAGCCCAGCCCACUGCAGACGCCGCCAUGGAGGAGGAGGUGCUGCACAAGGCGCGACGCCUGACCGACUACUACGAUGUGGGGGCAUUCUCCUACCUGCGGAGGGUGACGGAGAAGAGCAGCCGGCUGGACUUUGCCGCCAAGUUUGUCCCCGGGAGGACCAAGGCCAAGCAGUCAGCACGCCGGGAGCUGCACAUCCUCUCGCAGCUGGACCACGAACGCAUCGUCUUCUUCCAUGACGCCUUUGAGAAGAAGAACGCCGUCAUCAUGGUCAUGGAGCUGCCCAGCUGUGCUGAGGAAGAGCUGCUGGACAGGAUGGCGAGGAAGUCCUCGGUGUGCGAGUCUGAGAUCCGGUCCUACAUGCGGCAGGUCCUGGAAGGGAUCUGCUACCUGCACCAGCAAAGAGUCCUGCACUUGGACAUCAAACCAGAAAACCUCCUGAUGGCGGAUUCGAGCAGCGAGCAGGUCCGGAUCUGCGACUUCGGCAACGCGCAGGAGCUGACGCCCCAUGAGCCGCAGUACUGCAAGUAUGGCACCCCCGAGUUCGUGGGCCCCGAGAUCGUCAAUCAAAGCCCCGUCUCCAGUGUCACCGACAUCUGGCCAGUGGGGGUCAUCGCCUACCUCUGCUUGACAGGGAUCUCCCCCUUUGUUGGGGAGAAUGACAAGACGACGCUGAUGAACAUCCGCAACUACAACGUGGCCUUCGAGGAGAGGAUGUUCCAAGGGCUCACCCGGGAAGCCAAGGGCUUCGUCAUCAAAGUGCUGGUCAACGACAGGCUGAGACCCAAUGCGGAGCAGACCCUGGAGCAUCCCUGGUUCAAGACACUGGCCAAGGGGAAGGUCAUCAGCACCGACCACCUAAAGCUCUUCCUUUCCCGUCGGAAAUGGCAGCGCUCACAGAUCAGCUACAAGUGCAAUAUGGUGCUGCGGCCGAUCCCGGAGCUGCUGGAGGACACAUCCAACCACCUCUCUAUCGCUGUGCCCCGGCACCUCAAGGAGUCACCAGCACUGUCGUCCUCCUCAGACUCAGACGACCUGGAUGAGCUGCCCUUCAUCCCCAUGCCACACCAGGUGGAGUUCUCUGGCUCCCGCAUGUCGCUCAAUGAGAUCCCAACGGAUGACGAGGCCAUUGGGCCAUCUGAGGGGCCAUGGCUGGAGGGGGUUGCACCAGGGGACGUCUCCUCCAUGGAGUGGCAGAGCCAGGGCACAGGAAAGCCUGGGGUGGCCCUGGGGAAGCGGCCAAGGGGCACAGGGCCAUGGCGGCCAUGCACGGAGGCAGAGGCACCCGGCUCCUCCGAUGAAGAAACCCCCAAAUCCCAGAAGCGGCCAGA